AUCCUGGCGGAGCACGUCCACCCCGCCGGCCUGCGCAGCAAGUUCGUCCAUCUCUUCCUGGCCACCCUGCACUUCCCCCACCAUGACCAGCUCAAGCUCUACAAGGAACAACUGCAGAACUGGAUUCGGGGCAAUGUCACUGCCUGUCCCUACUCCGUCUUCAUUUUUGAUGAGAUGGACAAAAUGCAUCCAGGUCUCAUUGAUGCCAUCAAGCCGUUCUUAGACUAUUACGAGCACGUUGAUAGGGUGUCCUACAGGAAAGCCAUCUUCAUCUUCCUCAGCAAUGCAGGUGGUGACUUAAUUAACAAAGCAGCUCUUGACUUCUGGACAAGUGGAAAGCGCAGGGAAGAGAUUCAGCUGAAAGACCUGGAGCCCAUGCUAUCUGUAGGAGUCUUCAAUAACAAGAAUAGUGGACUGUGGCACAGCAGCCUCAUUGACAGGAAUCUCAUUGACUACUUUGUCCCCUUCCUGCCUCUGGAGCACAAGCACGUGAAGAUGUGCAUCAGGGCUGAAAUGAUAGCCCGUGGCUAUGCUGUUGAUGAGAAGGUUGUUCAAGCAGUGGCUGAUGAGAUGACUUUCUUCCCAAAAGAGCAGAAAAUCUACUCCGAUAAAGGCUGCAAGACCGUACAGGCCAAGCUGGACAUUCAUGAAGACGUUGCAAUGAGAGACACGACAGCCAAUGGUUGA